GGCUGCGGCGGCGUUCGCGGUGAAGGCGUUCGGCGGGAGCAGGGCGGCGGCGGGAGGGGCUGGGCUCUCGGAGACGCCUCAGGAGUCACCGAGUCCUGACAAAUCACCGAGUCCUCAAGACUGGGAGAGACCUUUAAAAGGGCAGCAAGCUGGGGAAAAGUUUGGAGCACACGAGGAGCGGCUGAGGGAGCUGUGAGAGCUCAGCCUGGAGAAAAGGAGACUCAGGAGACAUCUUAUCCCUCUCUACAAUCCCUCCUGUCAGGAGGGUGCAGCCAGGAUCAUGGCUGCCAUCGAGGAGCGCACCUUCAUUGCCAUCAAGCCUGACGGGGUCCAGAGGGGGCUGGUGGGGGAGAUCAUCAAACGCUUUGAGAAGAAAGGAUUCAAACUGGUAGCCAUGAAAUUAAUACAUGCUUCUGAGGACCUUCUGAGGGAACACUACAUUGACCUCAAGGACCGGCCGUUCUACGAGGGCCUGGUGCAGUACAUGCACUCGGGACCUGUCGUAGCCAUGGUGUGGGAAGGUCUUAAUGUGAUUAAGACUGGAAGAAUGAUGCUGGGGGAAACCAAUCCGUUCGAUUCCAAGCCCGGCACUAUUCGUGGGGACUUCUGUGUCCAAGUUGGAAAGAACAUCAUUCAUGGCAGUGAUUCUGUGGAAAGUGCUGAGACAGAGAUCAAUUUAUGGUUCACUCCUGAAGAACUGGUUGAUUACAGAAGCUGUGCUCAUGAGUGGAUCUAUGAUUAACACCCAGCCUGGAUCUUCUGAUAUUCCCAUGUCCAUGAGCAGCUGCCAGCCUCUAGCUAUUCCAAAGAAUUCCCUGGUAGAAACCUCAGAAAACAGUGAAAUUGCUCUGUUGUGGAUGUUAGAGCCAGUGCUUGCUGCUCCUUUGAUUUAAAAGUUGUCAAGUUAUAGAUAGAAUUGCACAUUUUAAAAGCUGCUUCUGGGAUUGAGAGAUAUGAGAUGAAAAGACAGAAUAGAUAACAUAUAUUUUUCUGAAGCAUUUUAUAGUCAUAGAGGGUAUUUUGGUAAAUAUUAAAAAAUGGGUAAAAAUUUAUUUGGUAAAUAAAUAUGCAAAUGGCUCAGAGUCAGAGGUUAACUUUGCUAAAACAUUAGAGGACAACUGAUGGUGUGUAAAUGCAUUGAUAAUAUGCCCAAAUGUUGAGGAUUUACUUAAUAUUAAAUGUUUCCCCAUUCCUGA